AAACAUUUUACACACUUAAUGUACCAGUCAAAUAUAGGCCUCCAUUGGGGAGGGUUGUGUUUUUUCGAAAUGAAAACGAAUUUUUGAUUAUUGUGCUAUUUAUGACUAUUUUUUUCCCGGUGGAUUAGUGAUAUUGGAAUAAGUGUUAUGGAGACAUACCCAAGUCCGACUCAGCUGAGAUCUGUUUAUAAAUACACGGACCUUAUUAAUCCUGUGAGUCCUGUGAUUGGCCAAAUAGUACAGAGGAAGAAGUCAAAAGAAAAAGAAGAAACUUUUUUGACAUCUGACACAUUUGACAGUUACUCUUAUUUAAAUGAAGUAGGGUUAAGUUUUAAGAUCUAAAUAAAAAUAAACAAGCAUUAUAUCAUAAGUAAUUUUCAAUUUCAAUAAACAUUUAGUAAAAUUAUUAAACCAUGCCAUUGACAGAAUACAUUUCUGCUCUUUCUGAUAAUCCAUACUUUGGUGCUGGAUUUGGACUUUUCGGUGUUGGUGCAGGAGCCGCAUUGUUAAGAAAAGGUUUCCAAUCUUCAUUGAUAUUGUUCAGAAGGCAUUAUAUGAUUACUUUGGAAGUUCCGUGCCGGGAUAAAUCUUAUCAGUGGCUACUUCAAUGGAUGACAGCAAAGGGUGCAAAGCAAACGCAGCAUUUAAGUGUAGAAACAAGUUUCGAACAAAAAGAUAGUGGGCUUAUCAAGACUAAAUACGAUUUCAUUCCCAAUAUAGGAACUCAUUUUUUCCGAUAUGGCAGAACUUGGAUAAAGGUGGAGCGUACUAGAGAACAACAUACCUUAGAUUUACAUAUGGGCACACCAUGGGAAACAGUUCAGCUGACAGCUUUUGGAAAAGACAAACACAUGUUUUUUUCAAUAUUAGAAGAAGCUAGACAGCUGGCAUUGGAUCAACACGAAGGGAAAACAAUAAUGUACAAUGCACUUGGUAGUGAGUGGAGGCCAUUGGGACAUCCAAGAAGAAAAAGACCAAUUUCUUCAGUAAUUCUUGAUACAGGAAAAAGUGAAAAAAUUCUAAAGGACUGUCAAGAAUUUAUUUCAAAUCCCUCUUGGUAUAUUAAUAGAGGAAUUCCAUAUAGAAGAGGUUAUCUUCUUUAUGGGCCUCCAGGAUGUGGUAAAUCGUCUUACAUAACAGCCCUAGCAGGUGAAUUAGGUUUUUCAAUAUGCAUUUUAAAUCUAUCGGAAAGAAGUCUUUCUGAUGAUAGGCUUAAUCAUUUGUUGAGUGUGGCGCCCCAGCAGAGUAUAAUAUUAUUGGAAGAUAUCGAUGCAGCCUUUGUAUCGAGAGAGGACACCACUCAGCAAAAGGCAGCCUACGAGGGUUUAAAUAGAAUUACUUUUAGUGGAUUGUUGAAUUGUUUAGACGGAGUAGCAAGUACAGAAGCAAGAAUAGUGUUUAUGACUACGAAUUAUAUAAAAAGGUUAGACCCCGCUCUCAUUAGACCAGGGCGGGUUGAUAUGCAGGAGUACAUUGGAUGGUGUUCUCAAUCGCAAAUCGAACAAAUGUACUUAAGAUUUUAUGAUGAAGAAGAUGCUGCUAGGCAUGCCAAAUUGUUUGCUGAAAAAGCUACGCAACUUAAUCCAAAUAUUAGUCCAGCUCAAGUACAGGGUUAUUUUAUGCUUCAUAAGCAUUCUAGUUUUAAAGAUGUGAUAGAUAAUUGUGAAAGUUUAUGUCAAUCGAGAAAAAUAUAGAUCUAUUUUGUUAAGU